UAUGAAAAAUGUUAAUCUACAACAGUUGACUAAUAAAUGUAGACAGUAAAAAUUAAAAAUGUAAAAAGUACAGUAUUCCUAGAUGAAAUGUAGUAGUGUAGAAAUAUCUAAAAGUAAGAAAUAUGAAUACCCUAGUACAAGUAUCAGUACAGUAUUUAAAUCCAUCACUCUAUAUGUAUACAGUAUCCAUUUAAAUUGUAACUAUAGUAAGACAUGAAAACAAGCACAUGUAUGAGAUAGCCCAUAUUCUCUGUGCAUUUUAGAAGUGUUGACCAGCCUGUUGCUCAUUGUAGGGUGAUACUGCUUGUGUAUCAUCAGUUUACAGGAAAGAACAAUCUUGAAUUAUGGACGGGUGGUGUUGUGGUUUGGAUUGUUUUGGAAUGAGUCAUGUAAUAUGGGGUAUUUGGCAUGUAACAAGUACUACCCUUCAAUUUGUUUUCAGGUGUCCUAAGAGCUCAUGCUGUGACUAUCAGAUGGUGAUAGACAAUGGGUAAGUAAGAGAAAGGGAAGGGAGAAAGAGGCCAUUCACAAAGACAGACAACCACAAACACACACAGUCUCACUUUGGGGCAAUGUUGUAGCCAGUUAACUUAAUGUGCAUGUUUUUGGGAUUGUGAGAGGAAGCCGUAAUACCUGGAGAAAACCCACCCGUGCACAGGAAGAACAUGCAAGCUUCGCACAGAAGGGGCCAGGGAGAGAGAGAGUCCUUGGGAAAAAAAUCUACUCUAAUAGAGGACUGAGUCUCCCUUAAGCAAGGAUGUCCAUUAUCCUCCACAGAAACCUGCGAAGCUCACGUCUUACCAAAGGGGGGUGACAGAACUCAGUUGAAUCUUCAGCCCUUCAGUUGGACAACUUUGAGCAAGUAAUUAAUAUUGAUAUGGCUUUAGUAAUGUAUGUUAAUGAAUAUGACUAAGCACAUUUAAUCAGCUACAGUCUUAUUUACAGUUCUGAGGUAAGGAGGAGUUCUGAAGGCUUCACUUUUUAUAUUAUAUUACUUUAUACAUCGUAAACGGAUAGCUGCAGCUAGUUACUUGAAAACAAAUAAGCUUAGGGAAUAAAGCAAAACAUAUUUUAUUUUUAAGCCCAGUGUUUCUAAUAUUGUGACUCCUUCCAAAAAAGCAGUGUCUAGUUGUGUACUUCAAAUACAUUUAGUUGAUGAUAUGUAUAUAUGCUUAUGUCAAUUUUGAAUGCUUUUUUUUUUUUACAUUUUGGUAUUGGUAUUUAAGUAAAGACACCACUGGAUCUCAGUGUACAAAUUGUUGUUUAGCUACAGUGAAAUAAUUCAAUGACAAAUUAUGUUUAUUUAUAGCAGAUUAAAGACAAACAGCAACCUCAAACUUCAUGUCUGCUCCAUGAGGGCUCUUUCUGCUCAGGAACAAGGUAGCAAAUGUAAAUAACUGUGGAUGAGACGACCAUAGCCGAAUGGGAGUUUGAUACCAACGUCAGUUAUCGCGUUACUACCAGCCGCAGCCAUCCGUCGACCGCCAACGACUCAGACUUGGCAUCAGAAUGUCGGGAACUGAGCUUGGCCUGAUGGACAUGUCAGAAGUUGAAUACACACACUUUCAGCACCUGCAUCAAGCUGAACCCCCUGAUGGGCCAUUUGCCAAGUCUCAUCCUGCUACAGCGAUGGUCAAAGACGCCACUGCCACACCACCGCAGACUUCUGCCUUCACAUCCACUCAAGCUAUUGAUCUGUCAGCGUCAACUGAUGAAAACUGUCUGGUGAUGUCAGGAGAAAAGACACCAGCUUCUUAUGGAGAGGUUCCAGGUUAUGUGCUGGCCAGAGUCAGAGGCGAAGACUGUCCAACUGAACCACGCACCAACAGCAGCACAUCUUCACAGGAGCGAUCCAGAUCGGCCGCCAGAGUUUGCUUGGAGAAAAGAUUUAAAACGAUGUAUGCCGAGAGCCCAAGACAGCAAGACAUUCAUUUUUUGACAAUACUUCAGCAGCCUGCAGAGACUCAAGAGGAAAGCAUACAUCCUGAAAUGCAGAAAUCUGCAAAUUCUGUUGAGGUUUCCAGCCCAUUUGUAGGUGCUGUAUUUAACCCAGCCACCAGCAUGUGUGAACAAGUGAUUGGCCAUAUUCCUGUUGUGGUUGAACCUAAGCAUCAGGGCUUAAUCUUCCCCAAGACAUUUUCAUUUCAUUUUCACCCAGAGAGGGUUGUUUCAGCAGAGAAGCAGCAGUUGGUGAACAUGAGAACUCUGACGACAUGUGCUGAUGCCUCCAGGAAGUAUGAUCGCACACACAGCUUUCAACCCAUCAAGACUGUCAAAGCUGCCCCACACUCUGCUGGAGAAUCAGGGAGCAGCGCUGGAAAAAAAGCUCAAUCUCGUAUGUCACACAGCCAGCGCAGGGAGAGACACAACAGUAAGGAGAGGGAACGCAGGAAGAGGAUCCGUUUGUGUUGCGAUGAGCUGAAAAUGUUGGUGCCAUUCUGUGGCUCCGAUUCAGACAAAGUCACCACCCUGCAGUGGACCACCGCUUUCCUCAGAUACAUCAAUAAAACGUAUGGAGACACAUUCAGAGAGGAGUUUGAGAGGGCAUUCACCAAAGAGAAAGGACUCUUCUUUAGGCUAGAAGACAGGGAUGCACAAGACAGCGCACUGGGCACUCCUCUUGUCAUAGAGCAGUAACCCUCUUACUAUUUUGUUCAAUAAAUCAUCUAGAUAUUUGAGUAUGUUUUAAUUUCACCUUUGAAGUAAUUCAUGUCCCUUGUGGUCGCGCAACAAUUUAAAUGAAAAAAAAAAAAAAAGCCCUUUGAGAGGAACAGUGAUUUAGAAAGUGGAAGGUUUCCAGUCUCAGACCAUGUGAUCCCUAGACAUGGUUGAUUUUCUUCAGCUGCAUCUGCACUAAGACCUCACUGUAUCAAGUUUCUGCCGUUAAUGUAUUUCCCCUCUUGAGAGCCAACAUUUGUUAAAAAGAAAAACAGGGCUUUUCACAGAUUCAUACACAGGUGGCACUGUUUCUCUUUGAAAAGCACCUGACAUUGUGCUCUUAUCAUUAGAUUUCACCUGUUUAGCUAUUGUAUGUUUACAAAGUUAUUAUUAUAUGUGCUCCUUUCAUAUGGUGGAUUCCAAUUUUUGUUAAACUUUGUCAGUACAGUAUGUUCAAGUUCAGGUCCACAUACAUUUAUUCCUUAAUCACAUGUUUAAGUGUUAUGCAUAGAAAAAGUAGGAUUUUUUUUUUAAAUGAAUUAUUUGAAAUGCUUGACUUUUAUAGAGUUAAGAAUAUUUUUUUCUUAAGUACAGACUGUUCAUUUGAUAUGUAGAGAGGAGUAAUGUUUUACUGAAAAGUGGCUUUAUUUGUUCUUUCUUACAACAUGUCGCUGUAGCAUCUUACUGUACAUACAACAGUCACCCACAAAUAAUAAAUAGUAUUUAAGGUCAUGUAUAUUUAAUAGUUACAGCACCGGUAGUACAUAGUGGAUGUUGUCAUUGCAGCUUUUAAAAAAUGACUUUGCUAGGAUUCUUGAAUUGAUUUUACAAUGACUGAAUUAUCUAUGCACAAGUUCUGUUUCUGACCCUCAAUUCGAGAGAAUCGAUUUCACACGUAAUUAAAAAAACAAAAAACAAAACAAGCUGUAAAAAAAGACUAUCAAAAAGAUGUUUUUUUUUUGCGUUAAUCUACACAAUUUCUGGGCACUGGGGUAUUUGUGUGUUUUUUUAAUUCCUUUUACAAUACACACACAGCUCCUUCACCCAUUUCCAUAUUUUACACUGUAAGGUUGUAUGUUGAGGUAACACCUGUGAUUUACAUUAAUGGGCCAUGAUACAUGCACAUUCACUCAGAGACAGUCACUGUUGUUCUUAGAGUGUCAUCUGCCAGAAGGAUGUUAGCAAAGAUAAUGGGGGGAUGGAAACAAAAUGUGCAACGUUUUUAUACACAAAGGACUCAUCUUUCAUUUUCCAGUUGUUUGCAAGUCAAGUCUUGUAAUGCGAUACUGUAGUAUUUGGAAGCAAUGUAGUUGUUCUCUUGAACUCUUUCCGUGCCUCACUCUACUUUAUUUCUGGAUGUCAUCUUGAUUUUUUUGCCUCUCAGUUGCUCUGGUGCUCAGGUCAAUCCUUGGAUGGUCCUCUCAAAAUGUCACCCCUGUUGUUGUUAUUCUUCCCAUCUUGUGAUACAUGUAUUUAAAUAAAGAGGACAUUUUUGUGAUCA